GGACGCGUUGUGCAGGAGGGCCUACGACGGCGGGGUAACGGACGGUCAACUUUCAUGGAUUUGUUCAGGGAAGACAAGGUUCAGGAUGAGGAUUCCAAUGAUUCUGGAUUGGAAACAUACCAGGAAGUAAUUCACAGUGCUCCAGGAGAUGAAAGCACCAACAGGGACCAGGAUGAGAUGCAUGCAGGAUCAAAAAGACACACCACUGAUGUCAGUGUCCCGUCAGAGGACAGCUCUCAGAGGCCAGCGAAGCGGAGACGGCGGGGCCGCUCCCGUGGCUCGCGGCUGCGGCCCGGCCGGCUGCUGCUGGGCGGCACCAUCACCGACCCUCUGAACCUCACCAGCCUGCCGCAGGCCAGCUCUCAACGGAAAGGACGUGGCGGCCCAGCUGCUGCCACGGGGCCACCAGAGACUGUCCUUCCGGAGGCCGCCCCUGCUGUCCCAAGCGCUCCCACCACCCUCACUGCCCCCACUGCCCCCACUGCCCCUGCUACCUCCCUUGGCCCCACAUCCCGGACACCCUCAGUCAUUUUGACUUCCACGAUCCCCCCUGCUGCCCCGACAACCACAGCUCCGACGGUGCCCACUGCCCCCACUGUCCCUCCUGCCCGUGCCCAGUCGGCCACCUCGGGCCCCGCACCACUGGUCAAGUUCAAGCCGCAGGGUGACCGGUUCAAGUACGGGAACUACAACCGGUACUACGGCUACAGGAACGGCGCCGAGCGGGACCGGCGGCUCGACUGCCUGCGGCCGGAGUGGUUCCGCGGCCUGGACGUGCUCGACGUGGGCUGCAACAUCGGCCACAUCACGCUGACGGUGGCGCGUGACCUCCUGCCACGCCGCUGCGUCGGCCUUGACAUCGACGCCAGUCUGGUCAAGAUCGCGCGCAAGAACGUGAAGCACUACCUGCGCCCUGGCGCGGCCGGUGCGCCGCCGGCCGGCCUGACGCGGCUGUACGGCCCGCUGGCGCCCGCUCCCGCUCCCGCUCCCACUCCCGCUGCUACCACCGCCACCGCCGCCGCCGCCGCCGCCGUCGCACCGGACGCCGCCGCCGGCCACUUCCCCGCCAACGUCUCGUUCGUGCACGCCAACUUCGUGCUGGAGUCGGACGCACUGCUGGAGACGGUGCGGCCCGAGUUCGACACCAUCCUCUGUCUGAGCAUCACCAAGUGGGUGCACCUGAACUUCGGCGACGCCGGCAUGCGGCGCUUCUUCCGGCGGGCGUUCCUGAGCCUGCGGCCGGGCGGCCGACUGCUGCUCGAGCCGCAGCCCUGGGCCAGCUACGUCAAGAAGAAGAAGCUGACACCGCGUAUCUGGACGACGUUCCAGCAGAUCCAGCUGCUGCCCGAGCGGUUCCCGCAGCUACUGGUGGACGAGAUUGGCUUCCUGCCGUGCCAGCUGCUCGGGCGACCACAGCACGCCGCCAACGGCUUUAACCGCCAGCUGCAGCUGUUUACCAAGCCCGGCGGAGUUACCACAGUGGUUGAUCAGCAGCGCAAGGCCGCCGCCUCGCCAGCCGAUCCAGCAGUCCCAGACGGUAGUCCCAGGAGCUCCCAGACGGCGGAUCACGCGCAGCCAGCGGCGAGCACGUCAGAAAACCCGCCGGCGAGCGGCUCUCAGACACGUGCGGCUCUCUGAUUGGCUGCCUGAACUGACCCGAACACGGGUCACCAGCCGCGCGGCGUCGGAGAUCGCGCGCCGGGGUGCGUGGCGCUGGCCACAGCGGGGCCGGCCUCUGUGAACUCUCAGGGCCGCCGUGGAUUCGGAGCCGGCUGUGGCAUCGCGACAUGCCUCGUGGGUUGGAGGCGCGUGUGAAGCCGAGCAGGACGGGUUAGAAACGAGACGUUGGAACAGCGCGGGGUGGCGACGGUGACGAAAAGUGGCACCUCAAGUGAUGUUGACGCGGUGGGCCACGGCCUUUGUGCUGAGUGCGGCGCGUGCGUGUUGUGCCAGAAGCCAGCCUGUCAUUGGUUCGAAGACACAUAGUUCUGUGCUCCCGGGGGGCAUCUGUGAUGAAGAUCGUCUCAGCUCCUCGCCGUGAUAAUUUCGUAAAUAAACUGUAUUCACUCG